UUCCUGUUUUCACUUGUCCCAGUAAAUCAUUCGAUGGAGGCGUUCCUUACGUCUUAGUUCACGGCGAUAACAAGUUUAAUUGUUAUUCACGUUGAUCCAAACUCCACACAAUGUCUUCCACCGGCGGCAUUCAGAUCCCCAGCCGGCUGCCUUUGCUGUGCACUCAUGAUGGAGUGCUUUUACCCGGCUCGACCGUGAGAAUCAGCGUGGAUACGGCGAGAAACAUGCAGUUAGUGAAGAGCAGAUUGCUGAAAGGCACCUCGCUUAAAAGCACCAUCAUCGGGGUCAUUCCCAACACCAGAGACCCCGAAGAAGACAGCGAUGAGCUCCCGUCAUUACACAGUAUUGGCACAGCUGGACUAGCGGUGCAGGUCGUGGGAAGUAACUGGCCGAAACCGCACUACACGCUGCUCAUUACAGGUCUAUGUCGCUUUCGUGUGACCCAGCUAGUAAGGGAAAGGCCCUUUCCUCUGGCCGAGGUGGAACAACUUGACAAACUGGAGCAGUACACAGAGGGAUUUCAAGCAGAUAAUGAACUGGGGGAACUGUCACAGAGGUUCUAUCAGGCUGCUGUACAGCUGGUUGGGAUGUUGGAUAUGUCAGUGCCUGUGGUGGCUAAACUCAGACGGUUGUUGGACAGUUUACCUAGAGAAACCCUGCCUGAUGUCUUGGCCUCCAUGAUCCGCACUUCCAACAAAGAGAAACUGCAGGUGCUGGAUGCCUUGGAUUUAGAGGAACGGUUUAAGAAGGCUCUUCCUCUGCUCACCAGACAAAUUGAGGGACUCAAGCUGUUACAGAAGACCCGUAAACUCAGACCUGAUGAUGACAAGAGAGUGCUGUCCAUCCGUAAAGGCGGUGUGUUUCCCGGCCGUCAGUUCUCUCUGGAGGAGGAAGGCGACGAUGAGGAUGGUGAUGAUACGGCUUCACUGGAGAGGAAGGUCAAAGCUGCAUCUAUGCCAGAGGCUGCACUGCGUGUUUGUCUGAAGGAGCUUAGGCGAUUAAAAAAGAUGCCACAGUCCAUGCCAGAGUAUGCGCUGACCCGCAACUACCUGGAGAUGAUGAUUGAACUUCCCUGGAGCAAGAGCACCACAGAUUGCUUGGACAUCCGGGCAGCACGGGUUCUUUUGGAUAAUGAUCACUACGCCAUGGAGAAGCUAAAGAGAAGGGUGUUAGAGUAUCUGGCUGUCCGGCAGCUCAAGAGUUCCCUUAAGGGUCCCAUACUGUGUUUUGUGGGACCCCCUGGUGUGGGAAAGACCAGCGUUGGCCGCUCUGUCGCCCGCACGUUGGGCCGAGAGUUUCACCGCAUUGCCUUGGGAGGAGUCUGCGACCAGUCGGACAUACGUGGCCACAGGCGCACGUACGUUGGUAGCAUGCCUGGCCGCAUCAUAAACGGACUGAAAACUGUUGGUGUAAACAAUCCUGUCUUUUUACUGGACGAGGUGGACAAACUGGGGAAGAGCCUGCAGGGAGACCCUGCCGCCGCCCUGCUGGAGGUUCUGGACCCGGAGCAGAACCACAGCUUCACUGAUCAUUAUCUCAACGUGCCUUUUGAUCUCUCGCAAGUCCUUUUUAUCGCCACGGCCAACACCACUGCGACAAUCCCCCCUGCCUUGCUGGACAGAAUGGAGGUCCUCCAGGUGCCAGGCUACACCCAGGAAGAGAAGGUGGAAAUCGCCCAUCGGCACAUGAUGGCUCAUCAGCUGGAUCAGCAUGGACUGAGCCCACAACAGCUCCAGAUCCCUCAGGACACCACAGUGGAAAUCAUCAGCAAAUACACGCGAGAGGCGGGCGUGCGGUCUUUGGAGAGGAAGAUCGGGGCCAUCUGUCGGGCUGUGGCUGUAAAGGUCGCUGAAGGUCACAAGGUCUCUAAAGAGGAGUCCCCAACUGAUCCAGGUCAAGACAGCAAGGAAGAGGAUUCUGGGAUUGGGGCUCCUCCAGACAUGCCUAUUGUUAUUGAUCACAUCGCUCUCAAAGAUAUUCUUGGCCCGCCGCUCUUUGAAAUGGAGGUAUCAGGGCGGCUGACUCUACCGGGCGUGGCGAUAGGGCUGGCCUGGACUCCAAUGGGUGGAGAGAUCAUGUUUGUGGAGGCCAGUCGUAUGGAAGGGGAGGGGCAGCUGACCUUAACCGGACAGCUUGGAGAUGUCAUGAAAGAAUCAGCCCAUCUAGCUAUCAGCUGGCUCCGCAGCAAUGCCAAGACUUACAACCUCACUCAUGGCAGCGCUGAUCUUCUGGAGGGUACCGACAUCCACUUACACUUCCCAGCAGGUUCCGUCACUAAGGAUGGACCCUCCGCUGGGGUUACCAUAGUAACAUGCCUGGCCUCUCUGCUGAGCGGGCGGCUGGUGCGCUCUGAUGUGGCCAUGACUGGAGAGAUCACUCUCAGAGGAUUGGUACUGCCGGUGGGAGGUAUAAAAGAUAAAGUCUUGGCAGCUCACCGGGCCAAUCUGAAACGAAUUAUCAUCCCCAAGCGCAAUGAGAAGGACUUGGAGGAGAUACCUGCCAAUGUGCGAGCUGACCUGGAUUUUGUUUUGGCCAGCACUCUCGAUGAAGUAUUAAACGCAGCUUUCGAUGGCGGGUUCCCCUUGGCUGUCAGUCAUCCACAAGUUGCUAGCAAACUUUGAGGCAGUGGUUGCUAGAUAAACUGAUGCACAAAACAGUUGUUUGAGACUUUUCUUUUUUAACACUUAUUAGCACUUCUAGUCUGUGAAUACUAGCCUUUUGGCAAUGAAUCAGACUGAGCAAUUCAGAUCCUCUGUUCUCUCAUUUAAUAACAGAUGACAAUAGAUCCUAUGAUGUGAUUGUUAGUUUCACUUCGUUUGACAGAAGUUGACAUUAUAUAUUCACAUAUUUUUUAAUCUGAUUGUUAAAUGUGAAGCGUAACAGGUUCAAUAAAGCUAACAUGAUAUUUUCAGGAUGCUUAGCGCACUUUAAAUGGUAUUAUUGUGAUAUAUUAUGUGCACGUUAAUUAGAUUUAAUAAAGUUCUUGAUCUCAAUCUACAACAUUUA